UGUCGUCCGACCCUACGUUGCCUCUUCCGUUUUAGUUGAUCCCUCUCCGUUUCUUUCUCUUCCUCCUCCUCCUCUCUCUCUUUCUCUCUCUCUCUCUCUCUCUCUCGAAGCGCGAAUAGAGAUGAAGCUCUCCUUCUCCCUCUCUUCCAAAUCCUCAAAACCCCCCCAGGAGAUCCUUAACGGCGGCGGCAAGGCGGAGGACGGCGAGGCCAAGCCCCAAUUCGUCACCGUGUUCGACCCCGCCCAAACCCUAGAUGCCCCCGCCAAGCUCGUCAUCCCCCCCAUCCCCAACGUCGACCUCCGUCCCACCAAGAAGAUGAAGAGCCUCCUCCCCACCGCCGAGGACGACCCCUCCGCUGCCGCCGCCUCAGAAACCCGCUUUGUCCUUGACACCUCCACUGGCGACGCCCCCGCCUCCAACAUCCCCUACGGCCUCACCCUCCGCUCCAACGGCGCCGCCGCCUCCGCCGAUUCUAGAUCCCAGGAGGAGGACGGAGACCGCCACCGCGCUGCCUCGGUGGAGGACUCGAUGCUCAGGAGAUUCAAGGAAGACAUGGAGAACCUCCCGGAAGAUCGCGGCUUUGACGAAUUUAACGACAUCCCAGUCGAGGGUUUUGGUGCUGCGCUCCUUGCUGGGUAUGGGUGGUCGGAGGGCAAGGGGAUCGGCCGGAAUAAGAAGGGCGAUACCAAGGUCGUCCAAUAUGAGCGGAGGGCGGGGACCGAAGGGUUGGGAUAUGUCCCUUCCUCGCGUGAUCCCAAGAAGAGGAAGGGCCAAUGGGUUUCCCAGGAGGAGAAGGAGAAGCAAGAGAAGGAUAAGGACAAAGAUAAGAUUGUUAGGGUUAUAUCAGGACGGCAUACUGGCAUGAAAGGCAAGGUUUUGAAGGGUUCAGUGGCCUCCAAGAUCCUUUUGAAGCUGCUUGAGACUGGAGAGGAGGUCAAGCUUGAAGGUGAUAUGGUUGUUGAGUUGGGCUCCGAGAAGGAAGAGACAUUCUUGAGGAGAUUGAAUGAAUUAAAGGUUGCGGAGAAGGAUGACAAGAGGGAGGAUAAGAGGAAUAGGGACAAGAGGAGGGAAGAGAAAAGGGGUAGGGAUGAGGAAGUGAAGAAAGGUGAGGACUUGCACCAGAGGUUGAGCAGUGGCUGUGGGGAAAGGAGCAGAGCAGCUCGAUGGCUCAAGAAUCACAUUAGAGUUAGGAUAAUCAGUGAGGAUUUCAUGGGAGGUAAGCUGUUUCUGCAGAAGGGGGAGGUGGUGGAUGUGGUUGGCCCCACCACAUGCGAUAUUGCAAUGGAUGGGAGCAGGAAGUUGUUGCAGGGAGUGGACCAGGAGAUCCUUGAGACUGCACUGCCCAGAAGAGGGGGACCGGUCCUUGUGCUCUGUGGGAAGCAUGAGGGUGUCUUUGGAAGCCUGGUGGAGAGGAACAAGGAAGAUGAGACAGCUGUGGUCAGGGAUGCAGACACUCAUGCUUUGAUCACUGUGAGGCUGGAGCAGAUUGCGGAGUAUACUGCGGAUCCAAGCUAUAUAGGAUAUUGAUCCUUGAAAUGCUGACAACAUUGCAGCAGCUGUUUUUGGGCAGAGAGUGAAGUGAGUGGACUACAGAACAAACCUAUAGAAGAGGAACGUGAUGAAUAAGGGAAGAAAAGCCAAAAAAUGACCCUGUGAUCUUUGUCUUGUCCCCAUUGCAUUUGAUAGCUGUACUUCGAACAAAUUUUGGAAGCUCCAUCGUCUCCAUAAAAGUGGUAGCAUUAUUUGAUAACGAGCAAGCAGGGAUCAGUUCUCUUAUUCAUUUUCUUUUUUCAUCCUCUGUGAUGAAUGAAAUGAUUGGAAUGGUAUGUUGUAGUGUCUAUAGCUUUUGACUUGGAUUUUCAUUGUUAAAUAUCCAUAUUCAAGAUACUCUGACCUGACCUUCUCAGUGUUCUGCCUUCUUUCCCCAAAGAGGAAACUGUAUAUUCAGCGCCAUAUGUGUAAUAUGAAAUGAUGUUAUAGCUGAUAAUUCAAUACAGUAACUGUGGAACUAGUGGAUAAGAUUGAGUUGUUAUAGAAUUAUUUAAAGCUUGAGCUCUGCCGUGGGCAAAGAAAACAUAUAAGUAUGUUUAUAAUUGGAUUAUGAACAUUGGAAUUACCUUGUUAAAAACUUGCAAUAUUUUUGAGCACAAAACUUGCCAUGUAUCCAAUCUUACCAGGGUUAGGGUUUGGGCAAGGUAGUUGGGUUGGGGAAUGGGUAGAUGUUAGGUAAAGGUUUUAGGUUUAUGUUGGAGUUAAGGCAGCUUGGAUUGGGGUUAGUAGGGUGGGGCAGUGGAUGGCUGGCCUGCUAAGGAUGGUGCUGAGCUGCGCACAUGUGCACAGCUGCAUGUAUACGCACGUCCAUGCAUGCGCAGCUGCAUGCAUAUGCAUGUGCACGCGCAACAUGGAGAGAGAGAGAGAGAGAGAGAGAGUAGCUACUAUGGCUGUCACCAGUUGAUGGCUGUGGAUGAUGGCAGAUCGGGACAGAAGAGGAGGAGACAGGAAGAAUGUUUGGCAGAGGAAGGGAAUUGGAAGAAUAUAAAUCAUAUUUAUUUAUAUAAUAAUGUAAUCUGGGCAAUAUUGUCAAAAGCAAAAGGCGCCUUAAGGCAACGGCAACCCUGUAUUGCCUGAGACACUAGGCGCCAAAAAGGCGCUUGCUUGAAGAAAGCAAGUCACUAAUGUAAAAAGAUUCAAUAAAUAUUUAUUUCUAUCCCACGCAUCCGAUAACAAUAUAGGCAUUAUAAGAUAUUCAAGUUUCAACAUCAAAAUCAUAAUUGUCUUGUACGUCAGAUAUUGUGUUU